AUGGAGGUCGUGAACAUGAAGGCCGCCAAAGAAAAAAGAAGUCAUCAGGGUUUUGAUGUGGACCGCGAUGCCAAAAAGCUGUAUAAAGCCUGCAAAGGGAUGGGAACCGAUGAAGCUGCCAUCAUUGAAAUCCUAUCAAGCAGGACUUCAGACCAGAGGCAGCAAAUCAAACAGAAAUACAAGGCUGUGUAUGGCAAGGACCUGGAUGAGGUGCUCAAGGGUGAGCUCAGUGGAAACUUUGAGAAGGCAGCCUUGGCCCUCCUGGACCGUCCCAGCGAGUAUGCGGCCCGGCAGCUGCGGAAGGCCAUGAAGGGCCUGGGCACAGACGAGGCAGUGCUUAUUGAGAUCCUGUGCACCAGAUCCAAUAAGGAAAUUGUGGCCAUUAAGGAGGCCUACCAAAGGUUAUUUGACAGGAGCCUUGAGUCAGAUGUCAAGGAUGAUACAAGUGGGAGCCUGCGAAAGAUCCUGGUGGCCCUGUUACAGGCUAAUCGUGAUGAAGGCAAUGACGUUGACAAAGAGCUCGCUGGCCAGGAUGCCAAAGAUCUGUAUGAUGCAGGGGAAGGCCGUUGGGGCACUGAUGAGCUUGCCUUCAAUGAAGUCCUGGCCAAGAGGAGCCUCAAGCAGCUCCGAGCCACCUUUCAAGCCUAUCAAACGCUCAUGGGCAAAGACAUAGAAGAAGCCAUUGAAGAUGAGGCAUCAGGGGACCUGAAGAAAACCUAUCUGACUCUUGUGAGGUGUGCUCGGGACCUUGAGGGCUACUUUGCUGAGAGUCUAUACAAGGCCAUGAAGGGCGCGGGCACCAAUGAGGAGACGCUGAUCCAGAUCAUUGUGACCAGGGCUGAGGUUGACCUUAAGGGAAUAAAAGCAAAGUUCCAAGAGAAGUACCAAAAGUCUCUGUCGGACAUGGUUCGCUCUGACACCUCUGGGGACUUCCAGAAGCUUCUGGUGGCCCUCCUGCACUAA